UCUUAAAAAAACACAAAUGAAUGACAGACAGCACCGAGUAGAAGAAGAAGACGCCAUUCUUGAAACCUCAAACACUAAAAAAAAACACUUCCAAUAUGGUUCAGUUGAUGAACAACUCCAAGAAAACAUCAUCAAUCAAGCUCGACCUUGACGGUUCUUGUUUUGAAUUAGACCGACUGGGUCCGCUUUACAAACGUCUCAAACUCGAUUCUCAGUCUCAGAUGAUACCCACCAGUAGUCCACUUGAAGAACCGAGCCCACUUGGUUUGCGUCUCAGAAAGACCCCAUCUUUUUUGGAUUUAAUUCAAAUGAAACUUUCUCAAGGAAAUAAAAAUAAUAAUAUGAAGAAAGAUCACAAGGAUGUAGUUUUUAAUACUACUGAUAAGCUCAAGGCCUCUAAUUUUCCUUCUACCCUUUUGAAAAUUGGGAGCUGGGAGUAUAAGUCAAGAUAUGAAGGAGAUUUGGUUGCAAAAUGUUAUUUUGCUAAGCAUAAGUUAGUUUGGGAAGUUCUUGAUGGUGGUCUUAAGAAUAAGAUUGAAAUUCAAUGGUCUGAUAUUGUGGCUAUCAAGGCUAAUUUCCCUGAUGAUGGGCCUGAAACUUUGGAUGUUGUGUUGGCUAGACAGCCUCUGUUCUUCAGGGAGACUAAUCCACAACCUAGGAAGCAUACUUUAUGGCAGGCAACUUCAGAUUUUACUGGUGGAGAAGCUAGCAUCCACAGGCAACAUUUUUUGCAGUGCCAACAAGGCUUCAUGGGUAAACAUUUUGAAAAACUUAUUCAGUGUGAUCCUCGUCUCAACUUUCUUAGUCGACAGCCAGAAAUUCUGUUGGAAUCCCCAUACUUCGAGCAGAGACUUUCUCAGUUUUGUGACUUGAAUGAAUCUACGGAGGUACUUGAGCCUAAAGCUGAGAAGAGAUCUGCUGUAUUUGCUUUAGGGGAUUCAGCGUCGCCAGUUCUUUCGUCUUCCUUGAGUGAUGACCACCAUGUUCUUAUGGGUGGGACUCCUGAAAUUAUUUCUCAGCGAACUCCAUCAUUGAGCUCAGACGCCUAUGCAAUUGAAGAAAUCAGAAGUAUGAAAGCAUGCCGGCAGACAAUGCCAACCCAUUGGGAUCAAAUCAAGGUGCCUGGACUGCACCCAUCAAUUUCAAUGAGCGACUUGGUGAACCACAUUGGACAAUGCAUUUCAGAACAGAUAACCACCGGAAAUCCUACCAUUUCCGACAAUAACACAAAGAACAAUGAUAUUCUGGAGGAGAUCACUCAAUACUUGCUUAGCGAUUCUCAACUUACAUCUACAUCGGAUGAGCAGUCCCUCAUGUCCAGAGUUAAUUCUCUUUGCUGCUUAUUACAAAAGGAUCCCACUUCGGCAUUGAAUUUACAGGCUAAAGCUAACACUAAUCUUGAAUUAGAUGCUGGUUUGAGCCUCGGCGAAACUAAAUUCAACGCUGCAGAGCGUAAAACUCUGGAGGGCUUUUCGUUGCCAGCAGACCAAUCCAAUAACAUUUCAAGCUGCAAGCAAGCGCCGGCUAUGUCGAGGAAGGAUUCGGUUGGAGAGCUGCUGCUCAAUCUUCCAAGGAUUGCCUCCCUUCCGCAAUUUUUAUACAAUAUGUGAAGGGAUUUGGAUAAUCAAGUGUGAAGACUGUUGGAUCGUGGCGAACAAAAAAUAUGGAAGUCUGUAAUUGGUAUGUAAAUAUGGUGGUUUUAGUGUAUGAAUGUAAAUUGUAGUAGCUCGAGGAUUUAGAGAUUUGAUAUUGAUGAAGAAUCCUCCUGUGUGCAGACUAGGAAAGUGUUCUUUUCUGUACUUGUUUCUAUUAUCUCAACCUUUUAUAUCAUUUUCUUAAGAGUUUAAA